UCUUUGGACAAGAAAUUUUCACCGCCGAAAAUGAGCGAAGGAACAGGUCCCGCUCAGCGGGUUGCGAUUGGAAUUUCCUUUGGUAAUUCCUACAGCUCUAUUGCCUACACUACUGGUGAAGGUAAAGCCGAAGUUAUUGCCAACGAAGACGGAGAUCGUCAGAUCCCCUCUAUUCUCUCCUACGUAGAUGGUGAGGAACUUCAUGGAGGACAAGCCAAGUCACAGAUUGUCCGAAACGCGAAGAACACGGUCGCAUAUUUCAGGGAUUUCUUGGGACAAGAAUUCAAGUCGAUAGAUCCCACCGCUGCCCACCAAUCUGCUCACGCCGUCCAGCACGAGUCGACCGUCGCUUUCAAAAUCCGAGACACCGAGGAGGAGAAAGAGAACGAGGUCACUGUCUCCACCAUCACAUCCCGACUUUUGAAGAGAUUACGGCAAUCUGCUUCCGACUACCUUGGAAAGCAAGUGACUGCUGCCGUUAUUACCGUACCCACCAACUUCUCCGACGCGCAGAAAGACGCUUUGAACAAGGCUGCUAAGGAGGCUGGUAUCGAGGUGCUCCAGUUCAUUAACGAGCCCGUGGCUGCCGUCCUCGCUUACGAUGCCCGUCCCGAUGCGAAGCUCGCCGACAAGAUCAUCGUGGUCGCGGACCUUGGAGGGACCCGCUCGGACGUCGCUGUUAUUGCCUCAAGAGGUGGCAUUUACACCAUUCUCGCUACUGUUCACGACUACGAGGUUACCGGCCUGAAACUCGAUCAGGUCCUUAUGGACUAUUUCGCGAAGGAGUUCCUCAAGAAAAACAAGUCGGCUACCGAUCCUAGGGAAGAUACCCGUGGUCUGGCCAAGCUCAAGCUUGAGUGCGAGGCAGUCAAGAAGGCUCUGUCGAUAGGCUCCAGUGCCAACUUCUCCGUUGAGAGCUUGGUGGGUGGUAUCGAUUACACCGCUACCAUCAACCGCACACGAUACGACUUGCUCGGUAACAAGCUUUUCGCUGCUUUCUCCAGGCUCGUUCUCCAUGCCGUUGAGAAGGCCAAACUUGAUCCUCUCGAUGUCACAGAGAUCAUUCUCGCUGGUGGCAACGCACACACCCCCAAGGUCGCGUCCACCGUUGGUGCAGCCUUCCCCGAAACCACCACGGUCAUCGCUCCCUCUACGAACCCCGCUGCCAUCAACCCCUCUGAACUCCCCGUCCGCGGCGCUGCCAUCCAGGCCAGCUUGAUUGAGGAAUUUGAUGUCGAGGACAUUGAGCAGAGCACGCACCCUAUGGUCACCGUAACCCCUCACCUCUCGCAGGCCAUUGGCGUUCUCUGCAUAUCAGGUGACGAGUCUUCAGGCGUCUUCCACCCCAUCGUCGACGCCGAGACAUCCCUCCCCGUUCGCAGGACUGCCAUCAUCGCUACCCCCCGCGAAGGCGGCGACGUCCUCAUCAAACUCGCCGAAGGCUCCCGUCACAUCAAGGUCACUAAGCCCGAGCCCAAGCCCAAGAAGGAGAAGGCCGAGGAUGACAGCGAUGACAGCGAUGAAGACGAGAGCGACGAGGAGGAGGAGCUCAGGGAAAAGACGUGGAAGGUUGGCAAGAUCCUCAGCGAGGCUGCUAUCCGCGGCGUCAAGAAGGGCGGCAAGGUCGAGGUGCAGAUCAACAUUGGCGCCGACCUUGGCGUUAACGCCAUCUAUCGCGAGGUUGGUGGCAAGGGAGGUGUCAGGGGCAUAAUACAGGGCGGCAAGGCUGCCAACGGCUCUGCUUAA